CAUUCGUGUUCGAUCAUGUUAUUUUUCAACGGAAUUUACCGCUAGUACGAAAGAAAUAGAGUACCGGUUGUGAGUUGUGAGUGGCACGUACUAGCGCAUAGCGUUGACAUUUUUCUAUGAGUGUGUAUCUCCAUCGAAUCGGUUACGUAAAAAUCUUCAUCCAAUUAUAAAGUUCGAGAAAUAGUGAUUCUUAAAGUGAUAAUAAAUUUGUACGGAUUGCCAAGUAUUCAUUUUGAUGUGAUUUUGCCGCGUGCGAUAAAAUUCAAGGCCGCAUUAAUGGCAUUCUAUGUAUAUCAUACACGCUAAAUUUUAAGUUACGAUUACACUCACUGUUAUUGGGCAUAUUUUCGACCAGUAUUCUACGAUAGGGCAUGUAAUGUUAUAAGUGGCCAAGGAAACCAAGAGACCAAAAUAGAUAGAAAGGAAUCACAUAUAUUUGUAGGUAAAAGCAAAAGCAAGGUACAAAUAGAUUACUUGAUCUUCCGCAACCAAACAGAGGGGGCUUGUUGAAUUUACGUGGGGGCGAGUACAGCUAAGAAAAAGGGCGUGGAAAGAUUAAACGAGUUAAUAGGCAGGACGUAAACGUACGCUAACGUUAUGGGUAAGACGCCAAAGAAGGCGACCCCUGGAGGCGAUGAGAGGAAUUUGUACAAUCGGAGACUCAAGGCAACGACCGCGCCGCCAAAUCCUUCUGAAACUAGCUUGCACAAGAGACAGCGCGAAUCCAAGAUUCCGAACAGAUCUAAAUUGAGCACUUUACAAAAGAGAGUACCGCAUAGUCCAAGAAAAAAUUUUAAAAAUAAAGUUUGUAUGCAGUCAAAGUUGAGCUAUCCUACGAAGAAAAUAAUAGAUCUUGAGGAUACAGCAUCUGGGAAUUCUAAAGAAAAAAUAUUUACCAUACCAGAAAGAAGUGAAGAAUCAAUUUUAACAAAUAUGCAGCCAGAAUCGGAGGAAGCAGAUGUAAAAAUAAAUCCAACUGUACAAAUGGAAUACGUAAAAAAAGAUAUUUCUAAAGAUACGCAAGAAUCUGAUGAAAUGCACAUUGACUAUACUUCUUCCGAGCUUGUUUCAAUAUCCAAAGUGCAAGAAGAUUCGACAGAUAAAGAAGUGGUGAUCGAGGAAGAACAAGUAGAGAGUCAAGAGAAAGCAAGUAAUUUUGAUAAAGAUAAAGAAAUAGAGCAGCAUGAAGAAAAUGAUUUGAAUUUGCGUUUAGAAACGGAAGAUAAUCCCGUACAUGUAGUAUAUGAGGAAAAGGCGGAUGAUACAGAUUUAAAAAAUGAAAGUAGUGAAAAAUGCCCAUCCGAAGCAGGGACAACAAAGAGCGACAUACAACAAAAAGAAGAUUUACACAGCGAGUCUCAAACUGACACGGAAAGUAAUUCGGUAGAUAUUUUAGAGAUCACAACGUCUGAAAUGUCUGAAACGUCUGAAACUGCGUCGCAAAAUGACGUUCAGAAAGAAAAGGAGAAAGAGAAGGAGAAGCGCGAAGAGAGCGUUAGCAAAGAUGUUUCGUUUGUUUCCUACGAUUCUUCGAUAAUGCUGAAGGAUGUACAGAUCAAGUUGAACGAUUGUUUAAAAGAGAACUCGAAGUUAUUCGAUACGAGCAACGCUAGUCAUAAUACGUCGAGUCAGCCCCAAAAAGAAAUGUCCUUCGGGAAAACUUUAAGAAGUAUUACCGGCCGACGUUCCUUAAACACUAUGCGACACAUCACUUUACGCGAGCAAAGGUAUUCGCCCAACGACUCGUUAUUUGUUAACACGUCGAGCGCAUCUUUGCCGCCGGACGAUGUGGCGGAUUAUAAGAUUGUUCGUUAUAGCACCGAUUUGUCGGACGUGCUUUCCACCACGAAUGGCAGCCCGACAGAGAGAAAACGAAAACACGAAAUCGAUAAUUGGAGUUCCAUUAAGAAACAGAAAACAGAAUCCGAAAACAGUUUAUUGAACAGUUCGAUCGGUUUGUUGAAAGGGUUACGCAAGCCCAUACAAGUUUCCACACCAGUAUCGGAGAUGAAAUUUCAAACCGACAAAUUGGAAUUGGACGAAAGUAGUAAAUCGGCGAAUGAGGGUAGCAAAAAAUGGUGUGUUAUCAUGUAAAUUGCCGAAUCGAAUCGCAUUUCGCAUCGAUGAGAAAAGAGUUUUAUAUAUUUUUGCACACGAAGAAAGCGAUUCGUGCCAUGUUACACGCCUGGAGAACAAACAAACAAACAAACAAACUUAGGUAUAUAAAUUCGUUAUAUACAAAAAACAAAAUUAAAUUACUGAAUUAUAUAUUUUUUUGAUAACGUAAUAAGUGAAUGUGUUUUUCACUUGUAUCCGUUUGUCUGUCUCUGUUUAUUUUCUUUUCUUUUUUUUCUCUCUCUCUCUUUCUCACUUUCUCACUUUUUUUUUUUUCUUCUUUGUCAUUUUAAACGACGUGCUCAUAGUUUAUCUUUCGAAAAGAUACUCAUAUUUAUAAUAUUAUUUUUUUUUUUUUCGAAGCAUUACAUAUACUUCGUACAAUAUAUACGUACAAUAGAUCGUGCAAUUUUACACGACAGAGGCUCAUGAAAAGACAUCAUAUUCUUAAUAAUCUUUUAAACUUUGACAUAUAUAUUAUAUGUAUAUUAUUAAGUAUGUCUUAUAUUUGUCAUUAGCGGUCAAGUAUAUAUUUUAUACAAAAAAAAAAAAAAAAAAAAAACGACAACAAAAUGUAAUUAUAGGAAAUAUUAUGAAUAAUAGAAUUUUCUUCUCGUCAUUUGAAGAUUAUUAUUUCAUCAUGAGUAGAAAAAAUUCAUUGAUAUUAAGAUGAAUGAUGAGAUAAAAAAUGAUAAGAUGAACGAUCAAUACGAUCAAGACGAAUAAUAAUAAUAAUAUUUUUUGCGUGUAUCACUUUUGGUAUAUCUUUAUCGAUUCUCGAUUUUAUGAGUCGUUGGAAAAAUUGAUUGAUUAAUGUUUCUCUUUACUUUUCGUUUCGUUUGCUUUAAGUUAAAUGAAUAAUUGCAACAAAUAUCUUUUUGCGACGAUUCAUUUUAUUUUUUGACAUUAUAAAAAAGUAUAUUUUCCGACAGUUUAGACAGUUUAUAAUAUAAAAUCGAUUAAUAUCCUAGAUUAUUAUAUCUUUCUAUUAUAUGGAAAAAAAUAAUUACGUUUCGACAAGCGAGACGACUGAGAGACACCCCCCCCCUCCCCUCCCCCCGAAAUUCGAGGAUAUUGUAUAAGAAUCUGAUUUACCUGAUACAUAACAUACACGUUUGUCGAAGCGAUUUUAGAGCUUAUCUUUUUAUCUUAAUUUUUUAUCACGAGAUUUUCAAGCAAUUAAUGAAAGAUUCACCGAUCCUUUUUUUUUUCUUUUUUUUUUUUUUUUUUUUUUUUUUUUUUUUUUUUUUUUUUUUUUUUUUUUUUUUUUUUUUUCAUACUUAGAUAAGAUAAAUUGUAAGAUAAAUUGUUGUUACAAAUGUAGGGCUGGUAUUUUAUAACAUUUGCGACGAUGUUCAGCGACGAAAAAAAAAAAAAA